UGAUGUUUAAGAUUAUACGAUGGAAAUACAUAACUGUUUGCUUUCUCUUUGAAAGCAUGAUCAAAUUUUAGUUUAGUUUUCUCUGUUUGGAUUCUAAAGGCUGCGGAAAGAUUUACCAGGACACUAACUGUCCAUCAGCAUGUUGCGUUUUGCUUCUUUUUUUUUUUUAAUGGAAAACAAAUCCUUUUUACAAUCAUACAAUAGUCAUCGUGUACACUCUAAAGAAAGUAGAAAAAUAUAGAACUAGUCUAAGAAAUAUUUACUGUACAUUUAUUAAUCUACUUUUUAAUCAAAUGGCAGCUGUUUAUAUGAAAAUGUAUCAAAUUAUCUAAAAAAACUAUUUGAACUAAAAAUUUCAUAAUUCAUGCAUUCGCCAUUGAUUGCUUAGGAGUACACAUGAUAUAUUUGAGCCCCUUAGGACCAAGUACAUCAAUAUGUCCGUUCAAUCUGCUUCAAGAAUAAUCUCUAUAAUAUAUCUUAGUAUAAUUGAUUUGAAAAUACUUGUGACAUAAAUGGAUAUCUAAUGAGUUGCUAAGCAUUCACUUGGUCAUGUGACAUCUUAAGUUUGUUCCUGUAAGCCCUACUUCUUUGUUAACCAUUAUCAGUUCAUUAUACCAAUGAAGAUUUGAAAGGCAAAGAUUCCGGAUCAGAUACAGUAGCGGAUGAUGAAAAGAAUAAAAGAACUAUUAUGUCUCUUCGCAAUUUACGUUUUCCAAGUCAGAAGUAUCGAUGAGAGAGGAUGCAAGGGUUUAAUGGAGUUGGUUGUCAUCAUCGACGGUUCUGACAGUAUCAACAAACCAGACUAUGAUUCUCUAAAAAUCUCAAUGAGCAAGCUAGUGCAAAAACUAGACAUUCAAGAAACUGAAAUCCGAAUAUCAUUCAUUGUCUUCAGUUCGGACAUCGCCUUGGAGACACCCCUUAUGGGAGACAAGCAACAUGCUUUAAAUACAGCAGCUACUUUGCCUCAUCCAAGGGACGGUACAAAAACAUGGAUGGCCCUGGAAGCAAUGACACGGGUUGUUGCAAAAAAACGUGAAGUUGAAGUUCCGAUAGUGGGAGUGGUUCUUACUGAUGGCAUAUCUAAAGACGAAGCGAAAACUAGGAAUGCUGCAAAACUAUUGAAAGACAGCGGCGUUAAUUUGUACGCCAUUGGUGUAACGGACAUUAAAAAUAAGCAAGAACUGAAAGAUAUUGCUUCAAAACCUGAAAAUGUAAUCACAUUCCAAACAUUUUCUGAGCUAGCUGACAAAUUGGAAUCCCUUGUUAAACUUGUCUGUCCAAAAUGCCCCCCAAAUCCUCUCCUGGCACAUUCCGACACACAACAAGCAGACUAUAUUGUGGACACAUUAUUAGAAUACCAUUGCAAGCCAGACUACGUUCCCGUUGGAAACAACACUAUCAAAUGUCAAAGGGACUUAACUUGGACCAAACUGGACUAUGCGUGUCUAUCUGACUGUGGCGACCCACCCAUCCUGGAACAUACUAUGUUAGAAAUGCCCGGACGACUGGAGGGAUCGUCGACCAAGUACACGUGUACUAGAGGGUCUGUUCUGGAGGGAACACCGGAAACUGUUUGUAAGGAGGAUGGCACAUGGUCUAAACCUACGUUCAAAUGCAGAGCUGACUGCGGAUUACCGAAUAUCAUCAAGCACACUACACUUAGUCCUGGGGGAAAUUUAGAGGGAGACUUACGGACAUAUACAUGUGCAUCAACUACUGUACAAGAGGGUAAUCCCAGUAUAGAAUGUCUACACAAUGGGCAAUGGUCCAAGACAGAUCUCUAUUGUCGACCAAUUUGUGGAGAACCGCCUGUAAUUGAAAGAGCCACUAUUUCUGUUGGAGGGAUUGUAGAGGGCGCAACUCGUACUUACACAUGUAACGCAAACACAGCUACAGAAGGCAACACAAUAAUCACAUGUGGCGCCGAUGGAAGGUGGUCACUAUUGAACCUAUACUGCAGACCUGACUGUGGACCCCCACCACAAGUGGAGCGUGCGGUGAUAAAAGAAUACAAUGUCGUCCUAGAGGGUGUAAGGUUACCUGCCACGCUAGAGGGCGUGACAAGGUACUACGAAUGUCAGUCUAAUACAGUGGCCGAAGGACUGGUUAGCACCACAUGUCAACUGAAUGGAAAAUGGUCUACCACGGGCCUGUACUGUCGACCUAAUUGUGGUCAUCCACCAACUAUUGAGAGAAGCACAGUGUCGUUUGAGGGAACAUUAGAGACCCAUACUGCCACGUACACAUGCUCCAAAAAUACAGUAACGGAGGGCAUCACAAGUAUUACUUGUCAAAUCGAUGGAAGCUGGUCAUCCACUAACCUUUUCUGUAGACCUGACUGCGGACCACCACCAGAAAUCGAACGAUCUAUGAUAUCCGUCGGAAAAACCCUGCAAGGAAUUACAAGAACCUAUACUUGUCAGACUAAUACAGUUACAGAAGGAACACCGACUACUACAUGCGAAAUGAACGGACAGUGGUCAAAGACGAAUUUAUACUGUCGACCUGACUGUGGACUCCCGCCACAAGUGGAGCGUGCGGUGAUAAAAGAAUACAAUGUCGUCCUAGAGGGUGUAAGGUUACCUGCCACGCUAGAGGGCGUGACAAGGUACUACGAAUGUCAGUCUAAUACAGUGGCUGAAGGACUGAUUAGCACCACAUGUCAAGUGAAUGGAAAAUGGUCUACCACGGGCCUGUACUGUCGACCUGAUUGUGACAUACCAUCAACUAUUGACCGAAGCACUGUGACUUAUCAAGGGACAUUGGAAGGUCAAAUAGCUUCAUACACAUGCGCACAGAAUACCAGAACAGAAGGCAUUACAGAUAUUACUUGCCAGAAUGAUGGGACUUGGUCAUCCACCACUCUCUUCUGCAGACCUAAUUGUGGACCACCGCCAAUAGUACUGCGAGCAAAGAUUUCUGAAGGUGACACUUACCAGGGUACAACAAGAAAGUAUUCAUGUCUAAGUAACACCGUCAAAGAAGGUAUACCGACCAUUACUUGUGGAAUGGAUGGACAGUGGUCAAAGACAAAACUUUACUGUCGGCCGAAUUGUGGCGAACCAAUGAAGAUAGAGCGAGCAACUAUUGACCAAGGCUCAACACUAGAGGGCUCUGUCAGAACGUACACAUGUGACAUGAAAACUGUCACGGAGGGAGAGACUAAGAUAGCCUGCUUAGAAUCCGGGGUGUGGUCUGAUACAAGUCUUUAUUGUCGACCUGAUUGUGGAGACCCCCCUCAUAUAGACCGAGCACUUGUGGAUAUUGGCAAAACGGUGGAGGGUGUCAUUAGAACAUACACCUGUCAGGACAAGACGGUGACAGAGGGAUCUACCAAGAUCAGAUGUGAAAAAAGUGGUGUCUGGUCCACAAGCAGGCUUUAUUGUCGACCGGAUUGUGGGCCACCACCAGUAGUAAGGAGAUCAACCAUAUCUGUUGGAAAUACUUUACAAGGAACUGUCCGACUAUACAAUUGCGAUCAAAAUACAGUGACGGAAGGCCAUACCUCAAUAGAAUGUCAGAUAGAUGGGACGUGGUCACAAACAGAUCUUUACUGUAGACCUGAUUGUGGCGAUCCAGACCAUAUUCCGCGAGCUACCAUCAGUGUUGGGUCCAACCUGGAAGGCUCUACCAGAAUGUACACAUGUAACGAAAACACACGCACGGAGGGAAUCACCAGCAUAUCAUGUACAGAUACCGGAACAUGGUCACAGACAAAUCUAUACUGCAGACCUAACUGUGGUGAGCCUCCGUCAGUGUUACGGGCCACCAUCAAUCCUGGAGGGACUCAUGAGGGCGACAGAAGGGCGUAUUUGUGUAAUCAACAAACCGUAACGGAGGGAAAUACUGAAAUCUACUGCCAAACAAACGGACAGUGGUCCUCCACAAAUCUGUAUUGCAGACCUGACUGCUUGAAGCCACCCAGAAUUGACCGAGCCGCCCUCAGUGUAGGCAGAACAGUAGAGGGAACCAUCCGAACGUAUACAUGUAAUCCUGGAACCCAUACAGAAGGCACCACAACCAUCAGAUGUCAAGAAAGUGGAGUAUGGUCAGCUACAAAUCUCUACUGCAGACGUAAGAAGUCAUUGUGUAUUUGUGCUGACUGCGGUAAUCCACCUACAGUGGCCAGAUCGAGUAUUUCUAUAGGUGAUAACCUCGAAGGAACAACACGAUAUUACACAUGCGUAGACAAGGCUGUCGCAGAGGGACUUACACAGACAACUUGUCAGAUUGAUGGAACUUGGUCAAUUACAAACUUAUACUGCAGACCGGAUUGUGGAAUUCCAAUGAACAUUCUGAGAGCAACGAUAUCGCCAGGUGAUACACUAGAAGGAACAGUAAGAACGUACACCUGUAACUCAAAUACCGCGACAGAGGGAGCCACGGAAAGCAUCUGUCAGAUAAACGGGCAAUGGUCUCUCACAGCAGAGGAUCUCUACUGUCGUCCUGAUUGCGGUGAACCUCUGUCUAUUGAACGUGCAACGAUCGCUGCCGGGAGCAACCUAGAAGGUUCUACAAGGCACUACAUCUGUUCCGCAAAUACUGUGGCACAGGGGCAGCUGAGCAUAACGUGUCAGAAUGAUGGAACGUGGUCAAUGACAGAUUUAUAUUGCAGACCGAAUUGUGGUAUCCCCGAGAACAUACCUCGUGGUGCGGUACAGUUUGACUCCACUUUGGAAGGUGCCGUAGCCACGUAUACAUGUGCUCAGAACACUGUCUUAGAGGGUGGAGCAACCAGUGUUUGUCAGAGAAAUGGUAACUGGUCAGCCAUAACAACCUACUGUAGACCGAAUUGUAGAGAGCCUCUAGAAAUACUCCGGGCUACUGUUUCCGUUGGGUCAACACUGGAAGGAGCUUCUAGAACGUAUACAUGUAACACUAGAACGGUGGCAGAGUCGGGUCCCGCUGAAAUCGUGUGUCAAAAAAACGGAAUGUGGUCUACAACAGACUUGUACUGUAGGCCCGAUUGUGGUGCACCACAACUCAUUGUAAGAGCUACAAUAUCCGCCGGAAAUAACUUGGAAGGAAGUAUACGAACAUAUACCUGCGAUGCCAACACUUUAACUCAGGGUAUUAUCAACAUCAGGUGUCAGCUGAAUGGACAAUGGACAUCCACGGACCUCUAUUGCAGGCCUCAAUGUGGAAGACCACCGUUGAUAGAGAGGGCCUCCUUUUACGCCAAUUCCACAGCGGAGGGAGGAGUUACCCAAUAUACCUGCAGCAACAGAACAGUGACGGAGGGCUCGACCACGAUAGUUUGUCAGAAUGAUGGUACAUGGUCGUACACUGACUUGUAUUGCAGACCGAACUGCGGUCCACCUCCCAAUAUUCCUCGAUCCACUCUUCAACCCGGAGGAACGACCGAAGGAAGUUCCCGUUUUUAUGUUUGUGAUCAGUCAACUAUCACUGAGGGUAUCACAGAAACCAAAUGUUUGAAAGAUGGAACCUGGUCCAAAACAGACAUGUAUUGCAGACCUGACUGUGGUGCACCCGUUUUCGUUGAAAACUCUAAAAAGAUUUAUCCGACCUCUACGGCAGAGGGCACACGACUUAUACUGGAGUGUGUAGAGGGAACAGUACCGGAGGGCAGUAACGAGGUGUUCUGUCAGAAGGACGGCACCUGGACCAAGCCAACUUUGUACUGCAGACCUGAUUGUAAAAAACCAAUGAUGGUACCCAGAGCAACCGCACAGUAUACCAGUACAUUGGAAGGGGCUGUCGUUGUGUAUGUUUGUAAUGCAGGGACAGUGAGCGAAGGAGAAAAUUCCAUCCUCUGCAAACAUGACGGGACGUGGACUGACACAAACCUUUACUGCAGACCUGAAUGCGGACCUCCUCCUACCAUACAACGGGCUACCUUUUCCGCCGGAAAUUGGACCGAGGGAUCCACGUUGACAUACAUGUGUCAGGAGCACACAGUAAUGGAGGGAAACCCGAGUAUCGCAUGCCAGAGUAAUGGCUUAUGGUCCGAUACUAGCUUAUAUUGCAGACCUGAUUGUGGCCUCCCGAAACUUAUACACCGAGCAGUGCUAUCAGAAGGUGAUACUGUGGAGGGAGUAAUCCGAACUUACACCUGUAUACCUAACACUGUCCCUGAAGGGGAAACUACAAUAGUUUGCCAGAAUAACGGACUGUGGUCUUUAACAGAUUUGUAUUGCAGACCAAACUGUGGCGAACCACCUGUUGUCGAUCGAGCUGUAGUGGAUGUGAAUGGCUCCACCCUUGAGAGUGCAACGAGAUACUACAAAUGUACCGGCGACUCUGUAUUGGAGGGAGAUUACAGUAUAACGUGCGAACAGAACGGACGAUGGUCAGAUAUCAGCUUCUACUGCAGACCUAACUGUGGACAACCAAACCCCAUGCUCCGAGCUACUGUUGAUAUCUCCACUGGCACACUGGAGGGCAGCAUUGCCCUAUACAGGUGCGACCAGAGUACAGUACAGGAAGGUUUCGGAGAAACUGUGUGUCAGAAGGAUGGGCACUGGUCAUCAGUGGACUUCUACUGCAGACCUGAUUGCCGAGCACCACCUAAAAUCCCUCGGGCCACGCUACAAGAUGGAUUCACCACGGAGGGAUCACUGAGGUUCUAUGUGUGUGACAAGAAUACACAUAAAGAAGGAAGGGCAGAAACUAGCUGUCAAUCAGACGGAACAUGGACUCCCAUCGACCUAUACUGCAGACCGGACUGUGGUAUGCCACCGCACCUCCCAAACACCUUUAUCGCAGCCCCUGGGCCCACAACUGAAGGAUCGGAAGUAGUCUAUGGCUGCGUAGAAAAUCAUGUUGCUGAGGGGGAACCUUCCAUUUUCUGCCGGAAGGACGGGACAUGGACGAACUCUUCCCUGUACUGCAGGCCUGAUUGUGGUAUGCCAGCAUUACCACCACGAGUCCUGCCAAUACCAGAUGACGCAUAUACGCUAGAGGGAUCUGUAAUAACAAUGCAAUGUGAGGAUGACAAUGAGCCAGAGGGGGACGACACCAUCAAGUGUGGUCCUGAUGGACGAUGGACAGUCUCAAACUUUUAUUGCAGGCCUGAUUGUGGACCGCCUAAACAAAUACAAAGAACGACAAUUAAGGGACUAGAAGGAGGUACACUAGAGGGCACCACCAUUAUGUAUAUUUGUGAUGAUAACACAGAUCCUUCUGGGAAUCCAUCAAGUGUUUGUACAGAAUAUGGAAUUUGGUCAAAUGUGACAAUAAAAUGCACUCCGAAUUGCGGAAGGCCUAGUGAUGUUCCUAGAGCGACAAUACGGGAAGGGCCGACCACUGAGGGAACCGUGAGAAUCUAUGAUUGUAAACCUGGGACACAACCCGAGGGAGACAAUACAAUCACUUGUCAAAGUAAUGGGCUCUGGACCAGGACUAAUCUCUACUGUCGACCGGACUGUGGUCAGCCCCGGAAGAUUGAAAGAGCAACUAUCUCCGAUGGGGGUACUUUGGAAGGCAGUGUUCGUACGUACACUUGUGAUGCAAAGUCGAAAGCAGAGGGAAACAUUGUUACCACGUGCAGGAAAGAUAGAACCUGGACACCGAUUAACCUCUACUGUAGGCCUGAUUGUGGGAAGCCCCCUCCUAUUGCUAGAGCCACGGUACGACCUGGUGACACUACAGAGGGGUCAGUAAGAACAUAUAUUUGUGAUGCGGACACCAAGGCGACGGGUGACCACACUAUUACCUGUCAGAAGAGUGGACAAUGGACCAUAGCUACACUCAACUGCGAAAUAUCAGUUGUCGUACCUCCCGACCCAGAUCUACCCCCUGGAAUAGAUGUUUGUGAUGGCUGUGACAUGAGAAACGGUGUUGGGUUUGCUCCUCACCCAGGAGAUUGUUAUAGAUUCGUGCAGUGCUAUUUUGGUGCCAAUGGGGAGAUCCGUUCUGCCAUUAGAAAGUGCCCAUAUGGACAAUAUUGGGAUCAGCGUAGUUUAACUUGCCAACUGUCCGUAAAAGUUACCUGUAAAAACGAAAAUUGUAGGAUACCAACUUUAAAAUCAUACGCAAUGAAUCAUGUUAAAAAUUGUCGUGCAUACUGGAAAUGUAUCCUGGGAAAAUCUUACGGCAUGUGUUGCCCUGAAGGGAAAAGGUAUAAACCCUAUGUCGGCUGCAUCACUGAUCCAAAGUGCGAUGAUGCCUGUCCACCCCUUACAGCCGGCCUGGGUGCAUGUGAUAAUCGGAUGAUAUUCGGUGAUCCCAAUCAUUUUGAACAGUUCGUGCCAGGCAUGGGUUGGAUAAAGAUGCCUUGUCCCUUGGGAACUCAAUAUAACGCAGUUGAUUGUGGGUGUACCACACAUGGACCAAGCCCUAACCCCGACAAAGUUUGCCGACCGGAAGUUUAUUUACCAUUUGAUAAGGACACGGAAGACAAAUCCGGGAAUAAUGUACAUAUACAGAACAACAAUGUCUCGGUCGUUGAGGGCGUAGCUUACUUUAAUGGCGAGGCUGAGUUAAUUAUACCUAGAUUUUCAAACUUUGAAUAUACUGAACUUGUGGUAGCCUUCACUUACCUGGAAACGCCGCCAUGUCAGGAGGUCACCGCUCUAAUCAGUAACAGUGACUGUUGUACUUCCACUCCAACGAUGGCCAUAGUUAAAAGUUACAAAAACGUACACUUUCUGGCUAAAUGUAACGGCGGACUAGUGACGACUUUCAAAUUACCACUGCAUCUUGGAAAUUGGAACAAGGUAUUUUAUAUUCAUGAUACUGAAAGACUGGAGGGACGUGUGAAUGGUUUAGAAAAUUCAAAAUGGGCCGUUGGACAAAUACAGAAAACACAUACAGCCAUACAUAUAGGUUAUGGGAGAGGAUUCAGAAAUUUUAAAGGUUAUAUGGAUGACGUGACGUUUUACUUGUGCAGACCGAAAUAUAUAUAAACAUUGCUUAUCCACACUACGGAAAUCCAUGCCUUUCGUGUAAUUGUUUCAGAAAGCAGAUUUAUGUGUGCACUGUUUACGUGCACACGACAUUUUGAGAGUUGUGCAAUACUUCAAAUUAAUGUCUGUCUCGUUCUUUGGGGGUAGCUUUAUGACUCGAAGAUUACUUUUUAUUAGUUGUUGAAAUCCAUUUGUUUUCAUAAACCAUUUACAAAAUAAAGAAAACAUUGUGUUUCUUUUUUGUGUUGGUCCAGUAAAACAUUGUGUUCCUUCUUUGUGUUGGUCCAGUAAAACAUUGUGUUUCUUCUUUGUGUUGGUCCAGUAAAACAUUGUGUUUCUUCUUUGUGUUGGUCCAGUAAAACAUUGUGUUUCUUCUUUGUGUUGGUCCAGUGCUAUGAGGUUUAUUCACAGACUGUCUUGUUGAUCAUUUCGAAUCACAUGUUAUCAAUAUGUAAAUGUAAUUCAAUAAAAACGCCGAUUUUCAA